CCAGCCAUAAGUCUCACAAGCCCAUACGCAGCCCAUUCCGAGAAGAGAGAAUCUUUUAGUUUCUUCUACGCUUAACAAUGGCUUCCACCAAAGUGCUCGCGACGGCGAUCGCGGCGCUAGCGGCGGUGCUAAUGUUGACGGCCACCGCCACGGCCCAGUCCACCUCCUGCGUUAACAACCUCAUCCCCUGCGCUGCGUUCCUCAACUCCACCAAACCGCCCGCCUCCUGCUGCGACCCGCUCAAAGAGACCGUGACUAAAGAGCUCAGUUGCCUCUGCAACCUCUAUAAGAACCCGAAAGUGUUGAAUUCCCUCGGAGUCAACAUCACUCAGGCCCUCGAGCUUCCCAAGCACUGCGGUAUAAGCAACGACGUUAGCGCCUGUAACAAAGCUUCGAGUCCAACCGCCGCUACUACCACUCCUCCAUCAGUGCCGCCGCCUCCAACUACACCAAGUGGAGUAAGCAGGUUUGCAUGGGCUGAAGUUUCCAGCUUGCUAUUGCUGGGGGCGUCUUUAAUGCUGUGGUAGAUUUAGAUUUGGAGUUUUGCUGUUUGAACUGUUGCAGGUUUUCAUGGAGGUGUUUCUGAGCAGCAGUUAGACCUGAGAGUGUUGUUUGCAGAACAGUGCACUGUUGUACUUGUGAAUUCUGAUAUGAAUUUGGCAUAUAUAUAGACAUAAUAUCCUGUGAUUAUUGAAAUAUUCUUUUAGCUGAAAAUAAAGCUUAAGAAAUAUGGAGGGACGAUAUUCCUGCAGUCAUGUCAAGUUUAUAACUUCAAAAUUUUUCCCAUUCACUAUUUGGAAAUGUCUGUUGAAUCGA